CCGGGUAGGUAUUCAGCGUGAGAGUGGACAUGCCAGUGCUUUACUUGGUGUCCCCCUCGUUCUAACUACAUCGUUUUCUCUCGCGAAAGCGCAAUGUCAGAGUCAUACGCACGAAACGGAUCCUCUCGACUUCGUCUAACACUGCUCUGCGCCAAGAACUUAGCUAAGCGAGAUCUUUUCCGUCUGCCUGACCCUUUUGCUCGCAUCUGCGUGGAUGGCAGUUCGCAGAGUCACUCAACCGAGCCAGUCAAGGCGUCGCUCGAUCCCAAAUGGAAUCAACAUUACGACAUCUAUGUGAGUCGUGCUGACAGCAUCACGAUCAGCGUAUGGAAUCAAAAGAGCGUACACAAGCGUAAAGGUUUUCUCGGCUGUGUCAAGUUGCUUGCGUCAGCGAUUCAACGUCUGAAGGAUACAGGAUACCAGCGACUGGAUUUGUCUAAGGAUUCGGAAGCAGACGACGACAUUGUCGUACGAGGACAAGUAGUCGUGAGCGUCUCAAGUUCUGAACACAAUGAACGACUUCAAAUGCCAAUUAGCGAUCCCAAUGAACUGCCUGAAGGAUGGGAGGAGCGUCGUACACCUGCAGGUCGUGUUCAUUAUGUGAACCAUGUGACUCGAACAACACAAUGGGAACGGCCAACUCGGUCAGCGUAUGAACUAGCAACAACAAAUUCAAGAUCAAGACGUUCAGCUCCUCAUCUAGAUAUUUCUAGGGCAGAUUCUCCUUCAACCACUCACUCGUCAUCUUCUUCUAGACAUCGACUGAUCACUCCAAAUCGAAGUGCAUCACAGUUGAAUGGUUAUUCUGUGUCAUCAGCUGCACUGUCUGCUCUCGCACCUUCAGUGAGUGGCUCAUCAAGUAAUAGAUCAUCUUCACGGCAUAGAAACUACAUGAAUAGGUCAGCUUUGCAUCCUUUGCCGUUGCCAGAAGGAUAUGAACGACGUACAACACCUCAAGGUCAAGUCUAUUUUUUGCACACGGGAACGGGCGUGAGCACUUGGCACGAUCCAAGAAUACCUCGUGACUUUGCUGUUCCUGAAGAAGAACUAGGAGAGUUACCAGAUGGAUGGGAGGUCAGACACACGGCAAAUGGGAGAAUAUAUUUUGUAGACCACAACACAAAAACAACACAGUUCACCGAUCCAAGAUUAGCAAGGAAGUUACCUCAACUGCAUGCAGAAGGUCAACUCCCAAAGUACAAAAGAGAUUUAGUUCAGAAAAUGAAGCGUUUACGGUCAGAGUUGCAGUCACAGCAACCACAGAGUGGUCAUUGUAAGAUUGAGGUGUCACGAGAAGAUGUCUUCGAAGAGUCUUAUCGUCAGAUUAUGAAGAUGAGGCCAAAAGAUCUAAAGAAACGACUAAUGAUUAAAUUUAGAGGAGAAGAUGGCUUAGACUACGGUGGAAUAGCGAGGGAGUGGUUAUAUUUGUUGUCUCAUGAAAUGCUUAACCCUUAUUAUGGGCUGUUCCAGUAUUCAAGAGAUGACUUAUAUACACUCCAAAUAAAUCCCAAUUCGUCUAUUAACCCAGAACAUCUAUCAUAUUUUCAUUUUGUUGGCAGAGUCAUUGGAAUGGCUGUAUUUCAUGGCCAUUAUAUUGAUGGUGGGUUUGCACAACCAUUCUACAAGCAGAUUCUUGGUAAACCUAACACAUUAGAGGAUAUGGAAUUUGUUGAUCCAGAGUACUACAACAGUCUCACGUGGAUGCUUGAGAAUGAUAUUACAGGUGUCAUUGAUUCAACAUUUACAGUACAACAUGAGGUGUUCGGUGAGAUGAAGACGUUUGAGUUAAAACCUGGAGGGUCAGAUAUUGCGGUUACUCAAGAGAGUAAACGAGAAUAUGCCAAGUUGCUGGUUCAGUGGCGAUUUCGUCGAGGCGUUGAGAAACAGAUGCAGGUAUUGAUGAAAGGAGUUCACGAGUUUGUUCCUCCGCACCUCCUGAAGUUAUUCGAUGAGAGAGAAUUAGAACUUGUGGUUGGGGGUUUGGGUAAGAUAGAUCUCGACGACUGGAAAGCCAACACGAAACUAAAGCAUUGCUCGGCGGAGCAUCCUGUAGUGAAGUGGUUUUGGCAAAUUGUGGAGAGCUAUGAUGAAGAGAAGCGUGCACGAUUACUACAGUUUGUGACUGGUUCAUCUAGAGUGCCUCUUGAGGGUUUCAAAGCACUGCAAGGUUCAACAGGAGCUGCUGGUCCAAGGCUAUUUACUGUACAUCUUGUUGAUGCUAGCACAGAUUUACUUCCCAAAGCACACACUUGCUUUAAUCGUCUUGAUAUGCCUAAGUAUGAAACAUACGAGAAGAUGUAUGAGAAGCUGACAUGUGCUGUUGAAGAGACAUUGGGGUUCUUGGUAGAAUAGUUAAUUAUGUCUUGGUCAUUGGAUUUCCACAGUCUAUCAAAUUGUCACAGUAGAGUGGCGGGAUUUGUACAGGGAUUUUUGCUACUAUUUAAGUUAACAAUAGUCUCUAGAUUACAUUGGCAUCUAGCAGAUUGAGAAACUGGACAGUUGUGGUGAUAGAUAUCUGCUUCUAUUCUGUGAAUACUCUAACGCUUCUCCUCUUACUUGAAUGUUUGGUUGUGUUUUAAUGAAAUACUCUAAAGGGAAUGAACAGUGUCUUUACUUGGA